AGACACUUAAUAAUCAGCAGAAUAGAGCAGGAACAAACGAAAACGAAUAACGAAUGGCAAAAAUUCCUCACGUCGUUUGUUGAUUAUGUCGUAUUUCUAUUAAUUUCUUUGCAUUUAUAAUGGAUAUUGAACUUAGCUUGGAUGAUAUUAUUCAGAAAAAAGGUCUCAAAUCAAACCAGAGGCGUGGUAGAAAUUUCAGAAAUCCUGGAGCCAAGAAAAACGAAAACAAUAAUAAUCGUUCAAAGAAUACAACCAAAGGUGCUGCCAAUAAUAAAAAUGUUGGCAACACAAAAAAUGUAGGCAACAUGAAAAAAUCUCCCAAGAGACCAGUAAUCCAAGAUGCGAGGAAUAAAAUAAUUCAAAAAUCGAGGAUGAAGAUUACUGAUGCCCGAGAAAAGCUGGUGGAACUGGCCAAGCAAAGCGGCGAUGCUAGGCUCAAGCUCAAUAAACUACAGGAAAGAAAGCAGAAGACGAAUCACGGACCAAGAAAACAACCUUUCCCUGGCAGACCUCGUCAAAAGUCAGCGCUUAUUCUUAGAUCAAUAGAUCCUUCAGUCACGGAUCCUAGCAUCAAGAUCAUUGAUGACGAUGAUAUGAAUGGAUCAUCGGUAUUUGAUCUGAAAAGAACCAUCAACAACAGACUCGGUGGAUUUGGUCUUGGCAGCUUUACAGCAAGAAAUGACGUCAUCGAUUUGGCUGGUGACGAAGAUGAUGCUAAUCAAAUGAUGCCUUAUGACAGGUUACUCAGACAAUCUCUGCCACGUCUGAAGAUUGUAGCUCAGAAUCAACCCAUACUACAGUCAAUCAGGAGUAAGCCUAAUGGAUGGGGAGACCUGGCUCAGGCAGCAGGGUCAAGAUUAGGCCAGUCAGCCAGAGGUCACCUGUACAGCGAUGACAUGGAUAUGUUGGGAAGAGGCGGGGGGGCCGCGUCAUCUCGCCUGAUGAGCCAGGAGAUGCGAUCCCGAUUGGACAUGCCGACGUCCCCCGUGGCUCGGUCUAUGCACCCCGCCGCCGCAGCGCCCUCCAUGGCAGCAUCCUCCGCCUCCUCGCAGGGUCAUCGUAUCGUCGUCUCCAACCUACAUCCCAAAGUCACUCACGAGGACAUCAAGGAGCUGUUUGGUGAGCUUGGCCAGCUGAUAGCUUCGCACGUGGUGCGACCCGGGACGGCAGAGGUGAUCUACAUGAAUCAGAAGGAUGCGAUCGCCGCUGUCGACGCCUACCACAACAGGACACUCGACGGCCAGCCCAUGAAGUGCAUGCUUGUCAACCCACGCCCGACCGCUCUCAACCCAAGUGCCAGACCGAAAUACCCCAGCAGCACCAAAUCUCAAGUAAUGCCAGAUAUUUCAGCUAUACACAAAGCGCUGUUCAGCAAGUGACCAAUGACAUUACUCGUUUAAAAGUGAUGAAUACUACGAGAUUGCCCAACUUUUACAGUACACCUUGGACAUGUGUGGGUAUCAGCAUAGUCAUGAAUAAAGCUUUGUGAAAAGAGAAUGCAAGUUCAUAAAACUGUGUUGUAACUUGAAAUUCAUCAAGUAUUUGUAGACUUUCUCAUAUAAUUAUCUAUUUAUAUGAGAAUUUUCACUUGGUAGGACUAGAUUUAUUUAACAUUAUUGUGUUAGUAUAUUUACUUUCACUAGAAUCAAUUUAUCUCAUUCUGUAUUCUUGAUAUUUUUAAUGUUUCUAUACAACUUGGAUUGGUGUUUAAUUUUUUUAAUCUAAGAUGAUAAAUUGAUGCUAUGUUCGUUUCUAGUGGAUCUAGAAGUUAUCUUCAAUCCCUUAUAUACUGUAAACCGAUUAUUAUUUAUAAAUUUGACUGCUAUAACAUUUUCUAUGUGGUUUUACUUCAACCUUCAAUUAUUUAAGUACAUUAUCUGAAACUAUAGUUAAAAUUCAAUCGUUCCUGUGAUUUAUUUUAUCUACCCCUCAUUACAUUAUCUCCCUUUCAAGGUUUAUAUUAGCAAAUCGGUAUAAUUCAUUCAUCAAAUGGCAAUGUGAAUUGAAGCUAGGAUGAAUCUAUUCUCGUUAUACAUAUCAGUUUCAAAUUUAAUGUUUAGUAGUAUCUACUGUUUGGAAUUAUUUGAUUCAUUAACUUGAUGGACUGUAACAUGUUUUGUAACCAUUGAUUUGGUAGAUGUUUAUUGAUUCACAAUAAAUGCAGGCUUGAACAGUGUUCUUAUAGUGUUGAACUUUUUGUAUAUAAGAUUGACUUCAUUCAAAAAUGCCUUCAUUUCUCAUAGGGAAUGUUGAACACACUAUUAUCAUUGUAAUUAAUACACUACACUAUAAUUUGUAACCGAAAUUAUUAUUUUUAUAUUAAUUAUUUGGGAAAUAGAAUAUCAAGCAAAGAAAUGAAAACCACAUAAUAUUGGAAUAACGGGUGUAAAAAUACACUUUUAUUAUUUUCUUGUAGACACAACUAUUAACCAUAACAUUAUUAAAGUUGAUGACGAGACUUUACUGGCAAUAUAAAUAUCCUGUUCUUAAACGAAUAAGACUAUUUGGCCCGGUUGCACAAAAGCCGGUUAAAUUUUAACUGUGAUUAAUUUCAUGAGAACCAAUCAGAGAAGGUCUUUUUGAUAAGACGGCUUCUCUGAUAGGUUCUCGUGGAAUUAAUCAUGAUUAAAAUUCAACCGGUUCCUGGGCAACCAGUACUUUGUGUAUUGUUUCCUAUUUAAACUAAUAUUUUAAAACCAAUAAAUUUUUUACAGUCAGAAUAAAUUAAAUAAUUUCAGUUUUGAUGCGUUUUAAUGGUCAAACAGUAUAGAAAUAAUAUAUGGCAUAUUAUAAAACUCACAAAUAGGAAUUGAUAACAUAUAUUAUUCGAUUGUUAUUUUUAUAUCAUUGGAGAAACUGAUAGAUUUCUCCAGAUUUUUACAUCAACUUUUGAGAAUAAUUGAUUGAAGGAAUUAUUAUUCAAUUUAAGAUAGUUUUAUCUUAUAACAAGUUUUGAAAUUUAUUCGGAUAAGGCUAUUCUUUUUGUUUGUAAGGAUAAUGUUGUUUGAGUUGAGCAUUCACAAAUGACUCCAAAUUGUGCAUCAAAUUAUUAUUACUUUUGAAAAAAUAAAGAUUGUUUUUCACAAA